GUAAUGCUGAUCUCCUCCCAGGUUACACCGCUGUGAUGCCGUGGCAGGGCAUCCCUCUGGAGGAGGCCCUGCCAGCCUGUGAGUGCGGUGACACUUUCACGGUAGACGAGAUCAAGCUGGUGGAAAAACAGACCAGCCCCCCCGACUACUUGACAGAGGCUGAACUCAUCACACUUAUGGAGAAGCAUGGCAUUGGGACGGACGCCAGCAUUCCUGUCCACAUCAACAACGUCUGCCAGAGGAACUAUGUGACUGUAGAGAAUGGACGCAAGUUGAAGCCAACCAACCUGGGCAUUGUUCUAGUGCAUGGCUACUACAAGACAGAUGCAGAGCUGGUGCUGCCCACCAUCCGCAGCGCUGUGGAGAAGCAGCUGAGCCUCAUCUCUCUGGGGAAAGCCAACCACCAGCAGGUCCUGCAGCACACGCUGGACAUCUUCAAGAGGAAGUUCCACUACUUUGUGGAUUCCAUCCCCAGUAAGUUCACAAACCCCUCCAAGCCAUUGUGUGCACAACACAGUGUCACUGCUAGUGAUGGUGGGCUUCCAAAUAUACAACUACUAUCACCAUCAUCCUCACUAAACAUUCCUGCAUUAAAAAUGACUAAAACAAUUACACCUGUGUUAUACAUGUGGUAAUUACUACUUUAAUUUGCUAAUAUUAUUUCGUUUUUAGACCCAGAGAAAUACGCAAUU